GAUUCUAUGGUAAGUUAAAUGUCAAAUUGAGUGUUGUUUUCUGUCAAUAGCAGGGAAAGAUUUCAAAACGUUGCCGUAAAAUCGCAUGGGAAAUUGAAUAAUCCUUUUGUUAUUCGAAAUGGCUGCAGUAAAGACUACAGAGGAAAUAAAUAAGGAAGACGUUGUAGAAAAUGGCGAGGAAGAAGAGCUGGAUACUGUAGAAGACGGCGAGAACAAAGAUCCCGCCAAGAAGAAGAAAAAGAAAAAAAAGAAGAAGAAGACAGCUGAAAAUGACAAUGCAGGUGAAGGUGAAGAUGAGACAGAGUCAUCAAAAUUACCAGAACAAGCUAAUGCUUUGUCUUUGGGAGAUGCUGAAGCUGAUGACAAGAAAAAGAAGAAGAAAAAAAACAGAAGCAAAGGUGGCAAGGGCUCCGGCAAAGAGCAGACUAAGCCACCAACUAUACCCAUUGCGGAGUUAUAUCCAGACAGUAACUUCCCUGAGGGUCAAAUUAUGGAGCAUGGUCCUGCUGAAGGUAUUGAUGAGAGGACUGCCAAGGACAGAUUUUCUAGUGAAGAAAAGAGAGCCUUGGAUAGGAUGCAACAAGACAUCUACCAAGAAAUCAGGCAUGCAGCUGAAGCUCACAGACAAACACGCAAGCAUAUUCGUGAAUGGAUCAAGCCUGGCAUGACAAUGAUUGAAAUUUGCGAAGAGCUUGAAUCAACUGCAAGACGUCUAAUCGGUGAAGAUGGAUUGAAGGCAGGGCUGGCCUUUCCUACUGGCUGUAGCCGCAAUCACUGUGCUGCCCACUACACUCCGAAUACAGGUGACACAACCGUCUUGGAGUAUGACGACGUGGUGAAGAUAGACUUCGGGACCCAUAUCAACGGCCGCAUCAUCGACUGUGCGUUCACUCUGCACUUCAACCCGCGAUACGACCCGCUGGUCAAAGGCGUGCAGGAGGCCACAGAAGCCGGCAUCAAGGCCUCCGGUGUCGACGUGAGGCUGUGUGACGUGGGCGCUGCGGUUCAAGAAGUAAUGGAGUCCCAUGAAGUGGAACUGGAUGGCCAAGUUUAUCAAGUGAAACCUAUACGGAAUCUGAAUGGCCACUCUAUCGGACCAUACAGGAUUCACGCCGGCAAGACGGUGCCGAUCGUGAAAGGCGGCGAGACCACGCGCAUGGAGGAGAACGAGUUCUACGCCAUCGAGACCUUCGGCUCCACCGGCCGCGGGCAGGUGCACGAUGACAUGGACUGUUCCCACUACAUGAAGAACUUCGACCAGCAGUUUGUGCCUCUAAGACUGCAGUCCUCGAAGCAGCUUCUCAACUUGAUCAACAAGAACUUCGGCACGCUCGCAUUCUGCAAGCGUUGGCUGGAGCGCGCCGGGGCGUCCCGGUACGCCAUGGCGCUCAAGGACCUGUGCGACAAGGGCGUGGUGGACCCCUACCCGCCGCUGUGCGACGUCAAGGGCUGCUACACGGCGCAGUUCGAGCACACCAUCCUCCUCCGGCCCACCUGCAAGGAGGUCAUCUCCCGCGGCGACGACUACUAGCCCGCGCCACGAGCCCGUGCAUGUCGUGAGUCAUGACAGAGCUUAGAUUAAUAAAGCCUAGAUAGAUAGUCAGUGCACGAAAGGUGAGGCAGUUUUUAGGGAGCCGGCACGGCUCACCCGUAAACGUCACAUGAACUGUCAAAGUGAAAAAUUGGUAAACACGUCCGACGAAUUUUAAUUAAUUAAAACGGUUUGUGCUGUGAAAGGGUGUCUAAAAUACAUCAGAAAAACGAAAGAAAGUGACCAGUGUUACAUUUCAUAAGAAAGUACUACAAUUCGACGCGUAUUUUGCUUCAAAAAUUAAAUACGGGAAUGAUACCAGUAACAAGAAAAUUUAUUUCCCAAUUGUUCGCCGUACAAAUACACUUCCUUUUUUUAUGAAAUCGAGACUUUUAAGUCGAUUUAUCUUAUUGUUAUUAGGUAGGUACUUUGAAUUCAAUAAAUAAGUAAGUACAUGAUGCGUUUUGUUUUUGUUAAUUAUAAAAUAAUUAAAAACGUACUAAAAAUUUCCCUACUUUCGGGAAAAUCGCCUUCACUGUCUACACUCCCCAACAAAAUUGACACUAAUGACAUAAGAUUUUUGCCUCACUCUUGACGAAGCGUUUGUAUGAAGACUAUCCAUCUAGGUUUUAUUAAUCUAAGUGACAGAGCGUCACAAGCGGCCACUCGGACCCGCAAGCGAGGAGGUGAACACCCGCACCGGGGGCCGUGACUCAUGACAUAGGGCCGCUCCAAUCAGACGCCGACCGCUCCGAGCGACCGAUGUUUGCCAAGACCAGCCGUAGCGAAGGCCUCCCACACUGCGAACUCUUAUCCGACUGGAAACGAAUGGUAAGACUCCACGUCGAGAUCCAUCGAAAACGUUCCGGUCGCAAGGAAACCGACACGCAUAGAGAAAUAACAAGCAUUAUUUUUGCGAAAAUACAGAACACAACCGAACUCGUCUCAACUCGUACCUCAUGUUGGGAAAAUUUAUUGGCAUCCCACAAAAAAUACUUUGGUAUUAAUUUUUAUUACUUUUAAAAUAAGAGCUGUGAUCGGUGUAUUUUAAUAGAGUAGAAAGUUUUUAGCCGGGACGUGAUGGUAGCCGUAGCAUCCCCAAAGUAAUAAGUAAACGAGCUACACAUACGAAAUAAUGCAAUUUUUACAGUGUUUUCCCUAUAUUUUUGUGUAUUUUUAACAUUAUUAUUAAGAAUAUUUUCUGUAGUUGAUUUACAUUAACGCUUUUUUUUUUUGUUUUGAGGUACGCUGGUAAAAAUAUUAAAACUCAUGAUGAAAUCAUAAGAUAACACAUAAGCACUAAAAGCAUAAUUAUUAUGUCAUAGGUAAGUUGUUAUUCUAUUUUAAAAUUAUGUAUCCAUAUCAAGAGCAAGAUAUACUGUAAUAUUUUGUUGUUUUGUUAGAUAAUGCCAUUUUUUCAAACUGUUAAACUUAGUGUAAAAAGUAAUACAUUAGUAUUACAAAUUGUCAAUCAGUCAGCAUCUAUGAAUAAAAGUAAAGAUAAACAAA